CUGACAUUUGGAAUUAGAGACGUCAAGGACCCUGUGGGAAGGGCUGCAACUAGGAAAGGAAUUGUGACUGUCAAAAGUGACGUUGGGGAAACAUUUGAUUUACGAUACACAAUCAAACCUUGUCAAGAUUUCUGCUGGACGGUGUUGGUGAAGGUGUUCGACUAUUCUGCAUUGGUUCAUAAGCAUGUGUUUCUACCUGUGCUUAAAGCCGACAUACAGCUUACGGACGUGUCUUCGAAUUUCGAUGCGAGAAAACUCACGAAAGCUGAGGGAUGCACUUUCAUGGUUCCACGACCAGGGUUUUACGAUAUGAGUAUUACGAAAUCCGGUAUGAAGCCCUUUCGGAAGCUAAUUGAAAUCAGAUCGUCUUAUAUGGAAAACAUAAUGUUUCUCAGGGAAGACAGAAGCAGCGACUCCUUUUCCCUUCGUCGAAAACACAACGGAAAAUUCGUGCUGCAACGAACAGAAUUUUCUGAACUUCUGCAAGCGCAACCUUCUAUGGUGAGUGUAGAGUUCGAAAAGCCAACUGAGCAGUCAGCCAUCAUUGCAGUGCGAAACACCGCGCUUCUGCCGAUCUAUGAUGUAAAGUUGAGGUCAGAAAGCUUACACGGCCAAGUCUCACUAGAAAUCGAGAGUAAAGAAAUGAAAGUGCUUCCCGGUGGCAGAGCAGCAUCUUUUCCCGUCGUCUUUCGUUUCUUGCAUCCGGCAGAUGGCUUCGACAUGCGCUGUGAUCUUUAUAUCGUCACUCUGUCGUAUAAUGUUUGGGAAAAUGGUACACAAAUAUGGGUAAAUCAACCAUUCGUCGUGUCCAAGAAAGAAUACGACCAACCGAGUAUUGUCGUUUGUGAAGGCGAGUAA